AUGGAUUCCACCUGCCGCCCGUCCUGUGUGAAACUCUAUCUGUGCUCUAACCCUGAGGACAGCGUCGUAGAGCGCAGAGCUCUGAGAGAAAGCGUUUUCCCCAAACUUAGAGAGCACUGCAGACACACAUGGGGACUGGACUUCAGUGUGAUAGACCCCUUUGAGUCCAGUGAUCGCAGUCGCUGGCCAGAUGAAAACACCAGGCAGCAGCUGAUCAAAGAAUGCAGAGAGAACUCGUCUGGACCUUUUUUACUGGCUCUGGUAGGUCACCAGUAUGGUGCAGCCGGUCUUCCUGCCCAGGUGGAGGUGUCAGAGUUCCAACUGCUGCUGCAGCAAAGCCAGCGGGGGGGCAUCAGCACCCGUGGGCUGGAGACACUUUACCAGAGGGACGAGAACACCAUCCCUCCCUCCUACUGCCUGAGAGCACCACACAGAGCCCCCUGCUGGCCUCAGGCAGGAGUUGACAAGGAAGAGCAGAGGAUGAUGAAGGCUAAAGAAGACGAGCUGAUGAAGCUAAUUCAAAGGACUGUGAGUCUGUGUGUCCACAAUAAUCUGAUGACCCCAGAGAGAGGCAACGCAUACUACACAUCAGCCCUCGAAGCAGACCUGCGAUUUGCUCUGGACGAGCGUCCUCAUCGUGACACCGUUGGGCGCUGCCUGGUGUACGUCAACAAGGUCGUGAAUGCUGAGCGAGAGACAGAGCGAGGACGGAUACAUUCACAGUCAGAGGUCAAAUCUCCCAUCACUUUCUCAUGAGCUGCUGCCUCAGACCUAAGAUUCACACCAUCUGACCAACAUUUACUCUCAGAACUCAGUGACAACUUCCUCCCCGGCCUCAUCGCUUCCUGUUGGAUUCUAGUUUACACCACCACCACAGAGUGUAACCGUCGCCAUGGUUACACAUCUGCCAGGAGGCGGGGCUACACCGAGUCUCUGUGCCGGCAGGCGUGCUCUGACCUCAUGGAGUUGAUUGACAGCUUGAACACGUCAGAAACCUGCAACCAGACGCAGCUCGGUGACGCACUGACCCGAGAGUGGGCCGAGCAGGAGCAGCUGUGUGACUCCCUGUCACGAUUUUAUGACGUCGUUCGACCGGAGGAGGAGGAGAUCAGAGCUUAUGUGAAGCAGAGUGACCAACAGUGCCCACUAGUGGUGUUAGGAGGGCCAUGCACAGGGAAGACAGUGCUGCUGGCACACAGUGCUCAACAAAUGAGGUCAUGGCUUCCACACAGCGAUCCUGUGGUCAUCACUUAUUUUUACAACCUGCAGCAGAUGCUUUCCCCCACACGCCUGUUGUCCAGUCUGUGUUAUCAAAUAGCAAACAGAUACCACAGUGACUCUUCCUCUAAAAAGGGUCCCAGCAUCCACCUUGGUACCACCACAGACCCCAACUGUGGCCCAGCAGCAACUCUGAAUUCCCAGUGUGAACCCCCCACCAGCGAGCAUGCCUCUGACUUAAACCUAAACCUUGGUACCAAACAAAGCUCAGCUCCCAGAGGAACGUGUCCCGGCAUCAUAAAACCUGACAUCAGGGUGUCUGAGCUUAAACAACGUCUCUCCUCCCUCCUGUCCCGUCUGCCUUCUCCCAGACAGCCUCUGCUUCUAAACCUCAGUGGCCUUGAUCAAAUUGAAAACAAAUUAGUUUGUCUUCAGAUCAUUGAGAGCAUCCCGUCUCCCCUCCCUCCUGGAGUCAAACUGAUUCUCACAGUCUCCUCCAACCGAACACAUCUCUUACAGGCCAUUAAACUACGUUACCAAGAGGGCAGUGAGAAGGAGUCGGGAUACGUUUGUGUACGGUUGGGAUCGGCGGACAGGAAAGAGUGCGUGAAGUUGUUGGCGUCGCUGCUGAGCAGAUCAGGAAGGAAGAUAACAUCAGGACAACAGGCUCUGGUGAACCAGGCGCUGAGCUCCUGUUGUCUGACUCUCUAUGCUCGUCUCCUGCAUGUACAUACCUCGCUAUGGUACUCCGAUUCAGAUGUGACGUCAUCAUCUCUCCCCGACGGCAUCCACGCAUCCAUCUCUGCAUUCCUGCAUCACCUUGAGAAGAAACAUGGCUUCUCUGUUGUGGCUCGUGCACUCUCCUACCUCACCCUCUCGAGGACCGGGCUCGCCGAGGUCGAGCUUGCCGACCUCCUGUCCGGGUACAAUGAGGUGCACUCUGAAUAUGUCUGGCAGGGCCAGAGCUGCUCCUCCAGCGUGAGCGUCCCACAAAUAGACGUGGAGAGACUUCUGUUGGAUCUGAGGAGGUUUCUCAUUAGGAGGACGUCUGCAAGGUUGCAUGUUUUGUUGUGGGUGAGCAGACAUUUUAAGCUGGUGGUGGCUAAGAGGUAUCUGAGCACUCAGGAGGCGAGGAAGGAGAUUCACUCAGAGAUGGCAGAUUAUUUCAGCGGCCCAUGUGGACCAAACAAAGCUGAGAUGAAAAUGAACAUUGACAGGCAGCCGUUUGUCUUCACUUGUUCAUCCAAAACCCCUCAGGUGGAUUUGAGAAGAAUUGUAGAGUUGCCAUAUCAUUUGCAACAAAGCGGCAGAUGGGAGGAGUUGGAGUGUGGUUUAUUAAUGUCAUUGCAGUUCCACCAGGCUAUGGUUCAAGCAGGUCUUCUAGGAGAACUGGUAGCCAUGUUGGAAGAUAGCAAAUCACAGAUUGUGUUCAGAGAAAGACGACUCCUCGCUGGAACGCUGAAGUCUUCUGCUUGCUUACUGAAGUCUGUACCUCUGCAGCUGCCUGUGGUGAUGGAAACAAGCCUCCUCCCUUACCUGGAGCUCAUUCCUGAACUCCAAGGUUACGUCAGGGAGAUCAGACGGGAGAGGAGAGAAAGAGGAAGUGGGUUAGGUGUACUGAUUUGUCCUACUCCUUCCUCUGUCCCCCCCAUUCAGUGUUUGAAGUGUGAUACCAAAAUCGAGUGCGUUUCUGUGGUGGAAGCAGCUGUGACAGAGUGUGGGAUUGUGGCAGAGAUCACAGGCGAUGGCUCUGCUUGGAUUUGGAAAGGCUCUGGGUGUGAUGUGGUGAAGGUGUCCCUGAGCUGCGAGCAGAAGGAGCUGGAGUUCGCAGGAGUGAAGAGCAGUGGUCGAUUCAUGCUGUUUUCCACAAGAUGCAACAAACAUUUCUUGUGGGAUGUGACAGGCCCUGAAAUGUUUCUGGAGGUGAAAGACACUUUGAAAACCGAGGUUGAGCCAAAUUCAAGCCAUCAAACAGUAAAGGAAGUCGAGGGGUUUGUUUCAUGUCAGAAACAGAUAAUCAUGUGGUGGAGAGGUGAGAGUUUUGUGAGUGUCUUUAAUGUUUCCAGUGAUAGCGUGACUCGUUUCCAGUGUCAGAGCUCUGUGACCCGUUUGGUUUGCUCAUCUAAUGGCUUGCAUGUGUUCUGCGGGCUGGAGGACGGGACAGUCUCCAUAUUUGACACAGUCUCUGGCGGUUUACUCAGCAGCAGCUCAAACUCAAACCCCAGAGCGGUUACAGAGAUAAUCAUUAGUGAAGAUGAGAGGGAAAUGGCAUGUGUUGACAUGACGGGGAACGUAACUUUAUGGGAUGUGGGGAGCAAAACUCGACCACCCAGACUCAUAAAAAAAAGAUUUACUGGCGGUAAAUCGAAUGAUGUCCUCAAUACAGAUCACUCUGAUGAAAUUGACAUGUUGUUGGUGUGUCAGUCUCACCAGGUUACACUGUGGGAUGCAUGCGACUGGGAGCUGUGGGACCAGUUCUUGGCUCCAAAAGGGAAAGCCUUCGCUCAGGCUAUGCUCUCCCAGGGUGGGCACCUUUUCCUUGCUUUGUUUGACGCCUGUGUCCUCGUCUUGGUGUGGAGGGUCAGCUCGGGAGAGUGUGUCCUCUCCUUAGAAGCAAACAAGCAGCCCCACGCGCUCCUCAAAACAGCAUCAGAUGUCAUUUGUGUCACUCACGACGGCUGUCUGACAGUGUGGGACUCUGAGAUGAUAGAUGCUGCAGGUGCAGCUCUGAAAUUAGGGCGUGGGGUGAUGGAAGUGGUGGUUGAAGAAACGGGGCAGUGGUUCUAUACUACAGACGGGUCAGAGACAGUGUGGAGAUGGACUUUAGAGACGGGCUUCCCAGAUGCCAACUUUCUACAUGAUGGUCCUGUGGAAAAACUGUGUCUUUCUGCAGAUAACAUUCAUCUUGUGACACUCUCAGCAGGGGAGAUUUACAUUUGGAAGACAGAAACAGGGCAGAACAUCCUGCGUAUUAAUGGAAGCAGAGCCACAGAUAUCAUGAUCACCCCUAAUAAUAAGUUUGGGGUGAGUAUUUCCAAGCAAGGGUUGUCUCAAGUGUGGAAGCUGGCAAAUGGGAGAGUUGUGUGCAGCAUACAUCUGUACCUAUCCAACGCCAAGGUGUCUUCUGAGAGCACCUUCCUCAUCGGACAUCGCCACGGUGACCUGUUGGCUGCUAGUCUGUGGUCAGGCUCCAUCAGUAAGCGCUUCUCGUGUGUGGAAAGCUCAGACCAUGUCGUUGCUUUCCAGACACUCUCAGAGCACCCAGACUUGGUGGUGGUGAUCGCUGCCUCAGGGGCAGUGUACACAUGGAAGGUAGCAGACCAGACCGUGUGCAGGCACUUUCAGCUGCCAUACACAUUUCAGUGUCAGCCACAAGACAUCCAUAUGUCCUCCGAUGGUAGAUAUGCCCUGCUGUCCACUGAUAAUAACACCAUUAACCUCUUGGACCUGUCUCAGGUCAGACUGUGCUCGUUCAAAGCCGAUGGUCCCAUCAUUAAAGUCUGCAUGGACGAAAGUGGAUAUUUUGCCGCCUACAUCAGCCUGGAGACAACCUGUGUCUGUGAACUGCAUGUGAGGCCUGUCCUCACUGUUGUACGACUUGCAGAUGGAGAAAGAGUAGGGAGUGUGAGUCUGUCUAAGAAUCCAUCGACUCUGGUCGUGUGUAGGCAGCAAUGUGUGUAUGUGGGUUUUGAGGACGGGUCUGUCGGUGCGUAUUGUUUUUCGGACGUCUUGUUUGACAAAGAGGAAUUGUUCAGGUGCAGAGAAAAUAUAACUGGUGAGGUGAAGCAGUGCCCCUUUGACAGAGCACCAGUCAGCUGGUUACCCCUGGCAACCCCCAAUGUUAUAUGGCCUUAA